AUAGGAAAAACAUACUGGAAAUGUGUGGCUCUUCCAGCAAUAUUGUAUGGGGCCAACAUAUAAUAGAUUUCACAAAGCAAGAGAUAGACAGGUUGCAAAGAAUAGAGAACAGUGUGUGCAGGAAGAUACUGGGAGCCCCAAGUUAUGCCCAGGUAGCAGCUUUAAUUUAAGAAAUGUGCGAGUAUCAAGCAUGAAAGCAAGGAUUAUGGAAGGACAAUUAAAAUAUUUGCAGUAUGUUUUGAGAGGGGAAUGGAAUGAACUGGUAGAGUGUUGUAGAAGAGAUGAGAGCUAGGACAGAUCAAGAAGAAUGGAUGGAUGAAAAAAUGGGAAUAAGAGGAGGCACAAUAACAAACGACGAAAUAAGAAAUAAAGAAGUUGGAGCAUGGGACUCAAAAAUGUGGAAACAAGAAAAAGCAACUCUGAGAAUAAAUAGAACCUGGAGAGAAGAGAUGGGAGGACAAGAGGAAGUGUACAACAGUGAAGCAUCAGCGCCAUCCUCUUCAACUGCAGAACAAAUAACAUGAGGCUGAGAGAUAGGAAAAGAUUGAUUGAUAGUUUAUUGUUGCAGGCAAAUAACAAGGGAGAAGGGAGGAACAUGCCAUAUCAAUCCCCAGGCAGGGCAGAAUGUGAUUAUACAACUAGUAAUACAUGUGGAGGCAGCACGUGCCAUGAAACUAAAAAGAUACAAUGGUAGGAAUGAAUUCACAAGGGAGGGGGGGAUUUAACAAUGAGAGUACGGCGUGCAUCAUGUGUGGAGACGAGCUGGAGCCACCUUGCACUGCGGGAUGCACUGCAGCGUCCAUACCAGCAGGACGAAGAGGACACCAUUGGAAGAGCUCAUUUUGAAAACACAGGAAUGGAGACAGUAUUAUAUAAAUUUUGGCAAAAAAGAGAAAAGAAAAGAAAGGAGGAGGAGACGUAAAGAUCACAUUCUGCGCCUGCCUGUGGGUUAACAUAAGAACAUAGGGAAACUGCAAGAGGCCGGGUGGCCAACACAGGGCAGCUCCAGAAUCCCCGCCACUACUCUCGAAGGGUGAGGUGUAGUUUCAGGGGUUACAGGUAGAGGCUUGAUCCUCGUUUACCUUCGGUACGGGCGUACGCUCCAGUACCCUGUCUGAAUGGCAUGUUCCUCCCUUCUCCCUUAUUGUUGACCUGCAACAAUAAACUAUCAAUCAAUCAAUCAAAAAACAUUAGAAACUCAGAAGACCCAGACCGAGAAAGACCACAGACCCAGAAAAAGCUUCUUCAGGGAGUGCCGUUAUAAAGGCAAGACUCCCGACCGACAACUCGACUCAAGCAACUCAACGUCCCAUAGUACAUUUGUUUACCUAGCCAUGGCUGCUGCUCGGCAGUGUAUUUAAUUAACUCGCUUUUCACUCACGCCCUCCUCUAGACACGGGCAAGUGUGUGCACGACUGAGCGGGGGUCGCCUGGAACAUGAAAAAGACGGGCACCAAAGCCAAAAAUAAGAGCAGGAUCAACUCUGUCCCCUGUGACGACAGUGUCCACAUAGGUGACCCUGGGAAGGAUGACGGGACCAUGGAGUCCGUGCUCGCCUCUGUCCACCCGGGGGACACUGGGGUCAAGCUGAAGGCCGAGGGCCACGCAGGGAGCUCCGGAGGCCUGCUGGAGACGGUGGAAGAGGUGGUGGAGGCCCCAUGGGGGGAUAUGCCAGGCCCUGACCUCUCCCAGGCCUACGUGGUGGAUUUGACGCAACAGUUCAAUCGUGUAUUCGUCCAGACAACCUUUAAUAGUUUCAAAGAGUUUGAGAUGCUGUUCAACAAAUUUAAAGCAGAAACUGGUUCAGUAUUUCGAAUCAAGUCCUCAUGCAGUAUUGCCUAUGAAAAUUCUCGUAGGAAGAAGCAUUUAAUUCCGUCCCGGUUCAAGUUCGUCACCGUGCAGUACUGCUGUGUGCACUACGGCCAGCCCAAGGUGGCUGGCCAAGGCAUCCGCACCAAGCAAAGAUACCUCCCCUGUGGGUGUGAGUCCAUGCUGUCACUGUCGUACAACCGUGGCGCCCUCGUCAUAUCUCAGGCCAACAUGCGACACAACCAUGAGGUGAGCAGCGAAAUGGCGCCCUUUUAUGCCAUCAACCGCCGCAUCACCAACGCCGAGCUGCUGGAGGUGGCCGGGGCUGUGGAGAUGAUCCCCAAUAGCAGAAGCCUCAGGCAUUUCCUCCAGAUUCACUUCCAGCGCCCCACCACCCUCCAGGAUGCCAAGAAUGUUCGAGCUCGCCUCAAGGCCCUCAAGGCACCUCCUGUCACGUCCAUCGCCAAGCCUCAUGUGGAUGAGGAGCAGCAGUUUUCACCGCAGGAGGAAGAGGAGAAGGAAGAGGAAGAAGCAAUGAUGGAAUGUACUGAGGGAGGUGCUGAUGAUGAUUAUGAAGAGGAGGAGAUAGAAGAAAGAGUUGAAGGUGAUACAAAUUAUUAUGGAAGGCAAGCUGAUAGACACAAAACAUCAAUAAACCUUGGGCAGGAGGAAGAGCAAGAGCAAGGAUGUGAACUUGACCCAAGACUCAAAAAAGAAGUCAUCAGCAAAAUUAAAGAAAGACUCCACGGGACUCUAGAAGAGUGUGAUGCUCAAGUGUUUAUGAAACGUCUGUCUGUCAUUGAUAGUCUCAUCGAAGGCUGGGAGAAAGAUAACUUGAAUUAUGCACAAAACACAAAAAAGAGUGGCAGGAUGGGUGGACUUGAAAACACACACAGUAGAAACACACACUUAGCCCAGGAAAGGACUGGUUUUACUCAGAACAAUAGAAAUGCAAAUUUCCAGGCAAAUAUUGACAAUCUAAACACUUCAGUGCCUGCCUUGGGGGUAGGGAGGACAGUGUUUCUUCCCACACAGUCAAAUGGGAAAUUAGUGCAUUUGAAUAACAGAAAUCAGUCUGCAUUCACCAAUAUGGAGAUGAAUGGAAGGCAAAACAUCAUGAAGUUUACCCCUAGCUUUGAAAAUUCAGUUAAUUAUUCCAGAGCAGAUGAACAGAUGUCAAGGAUAGGUGAAACUAAUGAAAGAAAACCUAUAAUACUCUCCAUAGCAAAGGGACUGGUUGAUGGUGAGCAGCCAGUAGAAGUGGAAAUAGAGGUGGAUGGUGAAAUGGCAAAGGUAAGGGCUGUGAAGAGAGAGCCCUUAGACUACCAUGAAGUGAAUGUUGGUGACUACUGGUGAAGUGAGUGGUGAACUGUGCAGGUCCAUCACUGUACACUUUGAAUCCAUUUUCAUAUACAUUUUACUUCUAUUACCCUGAACUGUGAAAAUACAGGUAGUAAUUGAUCAGAACAAGGGCAGGCAUCUAACUAAAUAUUACUUCUAUUCACCCAUCUCUCUUGUGACUUCAGGAUAUCUGGCAAGAACACACUCAUCCGCAUGGAAAGGCUUCUCUUGAGGUCAUUAAUAAACUGGUGGAUAUAUAUUUGCAACUACCUUCACCCCCUAAAGCUUCAUUGCUUCCACUUGUUUCUAUUUUUAUUAGUGUCUAUAACUAGUGUUUUUUUGUGUGCAGGAAUUUGCAAAACUGUGCCAUUGUUCUUGAAAAGUACCUUAACUUUGUUCAAUAGUAUAUAUUAGCAUGCACUUUUUUUUAUGAAAGAUUACUUACACAUCAGUUGGCAAAAAUCAGUCAUUUUUCUAUUCCACUCAAUAGUCAGCCUGUGCAUACUCUGUCACAGCAGUGGUGGUGCUGUGGAAGGGAUUAGGCUCUGGAAUCCACUGCCCCCCCCCUCCCCCCCAUCACUUUUUUUCACCAAAGAGGCUUCCUCCCCUAAACUUCCUUUAAAAUAAAAUAAACUUGGAGCUGC